AGUUGUACCCUGAUGCCUUCCAGCUGGUUUGGGGUUCAGGGCAGACUGGUCCUGCAGUUUGUUGUGUGCCUUGACAGUACAACUCUUUGGUGACUCCUCUUUGUUCCUGGGGUACUGGAACCCAGACUUUUGACCCUUGGAACCUAGGGCCUUAUUUGGGGUGUUGCUGUACAAGAACUUAAGCUAUUAUGGACGUGGAAAGGAGAGAGAGGGGAUGAGGGCCUGACUCAGAGACGGCUGAGGAUGACAUCAGCGAUGUGCAGGGAACCCAGCGCCUGGAGCUUCGGGAUGACGGGGCCUUCAGCACCCCCACGGGGGGCUCUGACACCGUGGUGGGCACCUCCCUGGACACACCCCCGACCUCCGUGACAGGCACCUCAGAGGAGCAAGUGAGCUGGUGGGGCAGCGGGCAGACGGUCCUGGAGCAGGAAGCGGGCAGCGGGGGUGGCACCCACCUCCUCCCAGGCAGCCCAAGGCAAGCACAGGCAACCGGGGCCGGGCCACGGCACCUGGGGGUGGAGCCGCUGGUGCGGGCAUCGCGAGCUAAUCUGGUGGGCGCAAGCUGGGGGUCAGAGGAUAGCCUUUCGGUGGCCAGUGACCUGUAUGGCAGCGCAUUCAGUCUGUACAGAGGACGGGCGCUCUCGAUCCACGUCAGCGUUCCUCAGAGCGGAUUGCGGAGGGAGGAGCCUGACCUUCAGCCUCAGCCGGCCAUCGAAGCCCCUCGUCCUCGCCCUGCCCUUCCGCCUCCCUCCAAGUCCGCGCUGCUUCCCCCGCCAUCCCCUCGGGUGGGUAAGAGGGCUUUGCCGGGACCUAGUGCCCAGCCCCCGGCUACCCCCACGUCGCCCCACCGGCGUACCCAGGAGUCCUCGCUGCCCGAGGACACCACCACCGAAGAGAAGCGAGGGAAAAAGUCCAAGUCAUCGGGGCCCUCGCUGGCAGGCACGGUGGAGUCCCGGCCGCAGACGCCACUGAGCGAGGCCUCGGGCCGCCUGUCCGCGCUGGGCCGCUCGCCGAGGCUGGUGCGCGCGGGCUCCCGCAUCCUGGACAAGCUGCAGUUCUUCGAGGAGCGGAGGCGCAGCCUGGAGCGCAGUGACUCUCCGCCGGCGCCCCUGCGGCCCUGGGUGCCCCUGCGCAAGGCCCGCUCGCUGGAGCAGCCCAAGUCGGACAGCGGCGCGGCGUGGGGCACACCCGGGACCUCGCAGGAGGAGCUGCGGUCGCCACGGGGCAGCGUGGCCGAGCGGCGGCGCCUGUUCCAGCAGAAGGCGGCCUCGCUGGACGAGCGCACGCGGCAGCGCAGUCCAGCCUCCGACCUCGAGCUUUGCUUCGCCCAGGAGCUGGGCCGCAUCCGCCGCUCCACGUCGCGGGAGGAGCUAGUGCGCUCGCACGAGUCCCUCCGCGCCACGCUGCAGCGCGCCCCGUCCCCUCGAGAGCCUGGGGAGCCCCCGCUCUUCUCCCGGCCUUCUACCCCCAAGACCUCGCGGGCCGUGAGCCCCGCCACCACCCACCUGCCUGCUCCCAGCAGCGCGGGCAAAGCUGGGGACGAGCCUGGGAGGCCCCGAAGCCGAGGGCCGGUGGGCAGGACUGAGCCUGGGGAAGGCCCGCAGCAGGAGGUUAAGCGCCGGGACCAGUUCCCGCUGACCCGCAGCAGAACCAUCCAGGAGUGUAGGAGCCCAGUACCGUCUCCUGCUGCUGAUCCCCCUGAAACCCGGACGAAAGCCCCCUCAGGUCGGAAGCGGGAGCCUCCUGCCCAGACAGUGCGCUUCCUGCCAUGGGCCACUCCGGGUGUGGAGGGCGCUGCUGUGCCCCAAACCUUGGAGAAGAACAGAGCCGGGCCUGAGGCUGAAAAGAGGCUUCGCAGAGGGCCUGAGGAGGAUGGUCCCUGGGGAGCCUGGGACCGCAGAGGGACCCGCAGCCUAGGCAAAGGUCGCCGGGCCCGGCCUACUUCCCCUGAGCUCGAGUCUUCAGAUGACUCCUAUGUGUCUGCUGGAGAAGAACCCCUGGAGGCACCAGUGUUUGAGAUCCCCCUGCAGAACAUGGUGGUGGCACCGGGAGCUGACGUGCUGCUUAAGUGUAUCAUCACCGCCAACCCCCAACCUCAAGUGUCUUGGAGAAAGGAUGGGUCGACACUGCGUAGCGAGGGUCGCCUUCUCAUCCGGGCUGAAGGCGAGCGGCACACACUGCUGCUCAGGGAGGCCCGGGCUGCCGAUGCUGGGAGCUAUAAUGCCACUGCCACCAAUGAACUGGGCCAGGCUAGCUGUGCUGCGUCACUCGCCGUAAGACCUGGCGGGUCCACAUCCCCUUUCAGCAGUCCCAUCACCUCUGAUGAGGAGUACCUGAGCCCCCCAGAAGAGUUCCCAGAGCCUGGGGAGUCCUGGCCCCGAACCCCCACCAUGAAGCUCAGUCCCAGCCAGGAUCGAGGCUCUUCCGACUCUGCCUCCAAGGCACCUCCCACCUUCAAGGUCUCACUCAUGGACCAAUCUGUAAGAGAAGGCCAAGAUGUCAUUAUGAGCAUCCGAGUACAGGGAGAGCCCAAGCCUGUGGUGUCUUGGCUGAGAAAUCGGCAGCCUGUGCGUCCAGACCAGCGGCGCUUUGCAGAAGAGGCUGAGGGUGGGCUGUGCAGGCUGCGGAUCCUGGCUGCUGAGCGGGGUGAUGCCGGCUUCUACACCUGCAAGGCAGUCAAUGAGUAUGGAGCUCGGCAGUGUGAGGCCCGCCUGGAGGUCCGAGCACACCCUGAAAGCCGGUCCCUGGCCGUGCUGGCCCCCCUGCAGGACGUGGACGUGGGGGCCGGGGAGAUGGCGCUGUUUGAGUGCCUGGUGGCGGGUCCUGCUGAUGUGGAGGUGGACUGGCUGUGCCGUGGCCGCCUGCUACAGCCUGCGCUGCUCAAAUGCAAGAUGCAUUUUGAUGGCCGUAAAUGCAAACUGCUGCUCACUUCUGUGCAUGAGGAUGACAGUGGCGUCUACACCUGCAAGCUGAGCACAGCCAAAGAUGAACUAACCUGCAGUGCCCGGCUGAUUGUACGGCCCUCACUGGCACCUCUGUUCACCCGGCUGCUGGAAGAUGUGGAGGUGCUAGAGGGCCGUGCUGCCCGCUUUGACUGCAAGAUCAGUGGCACCCCACCCCCCUCUGUUACCUGGACUCAUUUUGGCCACCCCGUGAAUGAGAAUGAGAACUUGCGGCUAUGGCAGGAUGGGGGUCUGCACUCGCUGCACAUUGCCCAUGUGGGCAGUGAGGAUGAGGGGCUCUAUGAGGUCAGUGCUGCCAACACCCAUGGCCAGGCCCACUGCUCUGCCCAGCUGUAUGUGGAGGAGCCUCGGACAGCCACUUCUGGUCCCAGCUCAAAGCUGGAGAAGAUGCCAUCCAUUCCUGAGGAACCAGAGCAUGGAGAGCUGGAGCGGCUGUCUAUUCCUGACUUCCUGCGACCACUGCAGGACCUGGAGGUGGGACUAACCAAGGAAGCCAUGCUGGAGUGCCAAGUGACUGGCUUGCCCUAUCCCACCAUCAGCUGGUUCCAUAAUGGUCACCGCAUCCAGAGCAGCGAUGACCGACGCAUGACACAGUACAGGGAUGUACAUCGCCUGGUGUUCCCGGCUGUGGGGCCUCAGCAUGCUGGUGUCUAUAAGAGCGUCAUUGCCAACAAGCUGGGUAAAGCUGCCUGCUAUGCCCAUCUCUAUGUCACAGAUGUGGUUCCAGGCCCUCCAGAUGGUGCUCCGCAGGUGGUGUCUGUGACUGGAAAGAUGAUCACACUCACAUGGAACCCUCCCAGGAGUCUGGACAUGGCUAUUGACCCAGACUCCCUGACAUACACGGUGCAGCACCAGGUAUUGGGCUCAGACCAGUGGACAGCACUGGCCACAGGCCUGCAGGAUCCUGAGUGGGCAGCCAUAGGACUGCGGAAGGGGCUCCAACACAUCUUCCGGGUCCUCAGCACCAGUGGCAAGAGCAGUAGCAAACCCUCAGCACCUUCAGAGCCUGUACAGUUGUUGGAACACGGCCCACCCCUGGAGGAAGCCCCUGCUGUGCUGGACAAACCAGACAUCGUGUAUGUGGUAGAGGGACAGCCUGCGCGUGUCACUGUCUCCUUCAACCAUGUGGAGGCCCAAGUUGUCUGGAGGAGCUGCCGAGGAGCCCUCCUAGAGGCACGUGCAGGUGUGUAUGAGCUGAGCCAGCCAGAUGAUGACCAGUAUUGUCUUCGUAUCUGCCGAGUGAGCCGUCGAGACCUGGGGCCCCUCACCUGCACUGCCCGAAAUCGCCAUGGCACACAGGCCUGCUCCGUCACCCUGGAGCUGGCAGAGGCUCCUCGGUUUGAGUCCAUCAUGGAAGAUGUGGAGGUGGGGGCUGGAGAAACGGCUCGUUUUGCUGUGGUGGUUGAGGGGAAACCACUGCCGGACAUCAUGUGGUACAAGGACCAGGUGCUGCUGGCUGAGAGCAACCAUGUGAGCUUCGUGUAUGAGGAGAACGAGUGCUCCCUGGUGGUACUCAGUGCAGGAGCCCAGGAUGGAGGUGUCUAUACCUGCACAGCCCGGAAUCUAGCAGGCGAAGUUUCCUGCAAGGCAGAGUUGGCUGUGCAUUCAGCUCAGACAACUAUGGAGGUCGAGGGGGUCAGGGAAGAUGAGGAGCAUCGAGGAAGAAGACUCAGUGACUUUUAUGACAUCCACCAGGAGAUCGGAAGGGGUGCCUUCUCCUAUCUUCGGCGUGUGGUGGAGCGUAGCUCUGGCCUGGAGUUCGCAGCCAAGUUCAUUCCUAGCCAGGCCAAGCCCAAGGCAUCAGCAAGACAUGAGGCCCAGCUGCUGGCCCGGCUCCAGCAUGACUGUGUCCUCUACUUCCAUGAGGCAUUUGAGCGGCGCCGAGGACUGGUCAUUGUCACCGAGCUCUGCACAGAGGAGCUAUUGGAGCGCAUGGCCAGGAAGCCCACCGUGUGUGAGUCUGAGACCCGGGCCUAUAUGCGGCAGGUGUUAGAGGGAAUAUGCUACCUACAUCAGAGCCACGUGCUACACCUAGAUGUCAAGCCUGAAAACCUGCUAGUAUGGGAUGGUGCAGGAGGUGAAGAGCAGGUGCGCAUCUGUGACUUCGGGAACGCCCAGGAGCUCACUCCAGGGGAGCCCCAGUACUGCCAGUAUGGCACACCAGAGUUUGUGGCACCUGAGAUUGUCAACCAGAGCCCUGUGUCUGGAGUCACUGACAUCUGGCCCGUGGGUGUCAUUGCCUUCCUCUGUCUGACAGGCAUCUCCCCAUUUGUGGGGGAGAAUGAUCGGACAACACUGAUGAAUAUCCGAAAUUACAACGUAGCAUUUGAAGAGACCACAUUCCUCAGUCUCAGCAGGGAGGCCCGAGGCUUCCUCAUCAAAGUGCUGGUGCAGGACCGGCUGAGACCUACUGCAGAAGAGACACUGGAGCAUCCUUGGUUCAAAACACAAGCAAAGGGAGCAGAGGUGAGCACAGAUCACCUGAAGCUUUUCCUGUCCAGGAGGAGGUGGCAGCGCUCCCAGAUCAGCUACAAGUGCCACCUUGUACUGCGCCCCAUUCCAGAGCUGCUGCGGGCACCCCCGGAGCGGGUUUGGGUGGCCAUGCCCAGAAGAACGCACCCAAGUGCGGGACUCUCAUCCUCCUCAGACUCUGAAGAGGAAGAAUUGGAGGAACUUCCCUCAGUGCCCCGCCCGCUGCAGCCUGAGUUCUCAGGCUCUCGGGUAUCCCUCACCGACAUCCCCACUGAAGAUGAGGCCCUGGGAACCCCAGAAGCGGGGACUGCCACCCCCAUGGACUGGCAAGAACAGGGAAGGCCUCCCUCUCGGGACCAGGAGGCCCCCAGCCCUGAAGCCCUCCCCUCUCCAGGCCAGGAGCCCCUAGAUGGGCCUAGCCCCAGGCGGGGAGAGCUCCGUCGGGGCAGCUCAGCUGAGAGCGCCCUGCCCCGGGCCCGGUCGCGGGAGCCGGGCCGGAGCCUGCACAAGGCAGCGUCUGUGGAGCUGCCGCAGCGCAGGAGCCCCAGCCCGGGGUCCACCCGCCUGACCCGGGGAGGCCUGGGUGAGGGCGAGUACGCACAGAGGCUGCAGGCCCUACGCCAGCGGUUGCUUCGGGGAGGCCCCGAGGAUGGCAAGGUCAGCGGCCUCAGGGGUCCCCUGCUGGAGAGCCUCGGGGGCCGUGCACGCGACCCCAGAAUGGCACGGGCUGCCUCCAGCGAGGCAGCGCCCCACCACCAGCCCCCUCCUGAGUCACGGGGCCUGCAAAAAAGCAGCAGCUUCUCGCAGGGUGAGGCGGAGCCCCGGGGGCGUCAUCGCCGCGCUGGGGCACCCCUCGAAAUCCCGGUAGCCAGACUUGGGGCCCGUAGGCUGCAGGAGUCUCCUUCCCUGUCUGCCCUUAGCGAGGCCCAGCCACCCAGCCCUGCGCGGCCCAGCGUCCCCAAACCCAGUGUCCCCAAGUCUGCGGAAGCUUCUGCUGCAACACCGGGUGAAUCUCCCCAGCCUUUGGCGCCCCAACCUGCCCCAGAGAAGCCCCCAGAGCCCAAGCCAGAACCAAUCCGAGCUGCCAAGUCCGCUCAGCCUUCUUUGGCCCUGCAAAAGCCAGCGUUGCCCCUCACACCCUAUGCCCAGAUCAUGCAGUCUCUGCAUCUCUUCAGCCCCGUUCAGUCCCCGCAGGGCCCCGCCGUGCCUCCAUCGGAGCCCAUGCCCCACGCUGCUGUGUUCGCUAGGGUGGCCUCCCCACCUCCUGGAGCCACCGAAAAGCGCGUGCCUUCAGCCAGGGCGACCCCAGCACUAGCGGAGAAAGUCCGGUUCCCAACGGUGCCCCCAAGGCCAGGCAGCAGCCUCAACAGUAGCAUAGAGAACCUGGAAUCAGAGGCUGUGUUCGAGGCUAAGUUCAAGCGCAGCCGCGAAUCGCCGCUGUCGCGGGGGCUGCGGCUACUGAGCCGCUCGCGCUCCGAGGAGCGCGGCCCCUUCCACGGGCCCGAGGAGGACGAUGGCAUCUACCGGCCCAGCCCGGCUGGAACGCCGCUCGAGCUGGUGCGACGGCCCGAGCGCUCGCGCUCUGUGCAGGACCUCAGGGUUGCGGGAGAGCCAGGCUUCGUCCGCCGCCUCUCGCUGUCGCUGUCCCAGAAGCUGCGACGGACCCCGCCCGCCCAGCGCCACCCGGCCUGGGAGGCCCGCAGCGGAGACGGGGAGAGCUCCGAGGGCGGUAGCUCAGCGCGGGGCUCCCCGGUCCUGGCGGUGCGCAGGAGACUCAGCUCCACUCUGGAGCGCCUGUCCAGCCGGUUGCAGCGCAGCGGCAGCAGCGAGGACUCUGGGGGAGCCUCGGGGCGCAGCACACCGCUGUUUGGACGGCUGCGCAGGGCUACUUCCGAAGGGGAGAGCCUGCGACGCCUUGGUGUUCCGCACGAUCAGCUGGCCUCUCAGAUUGGUGCCACAACACCUUCUGCUGAGUCCCUGGGCUCAGAGGCCAGUGGCACGUCGGGUUCCUCAGCUCCAGGAGAAAGACGAAGUCGGCACCGCUGGGGCCUUUCAAGGCUGCGCAAGGACAAGGGCUUCUCACAGUCAAACCUCUCUGCCAGUGUCCAAGAGGACGUAGGGCACCAGUAUGUGCCCAAUGAGUCAGACUUCCCCCCAGUCUUCCACAUCAAACUCAAGGACCAGGUGCUGCUGGAGGGGGAGGCAGCCACCCUGCUCUGCCUGCCUGCAGCCUGCCCUGCACCCCGCAUCUCUUGGAUGAAAGACAAGCAGUCCCUGCGAUCAGAGCCCUCAGUGGUCAUCGUGUCUUGCAAAGAUGGACGGCAGCUGCUGAGCAUCCCCCGGGCUGGCAAGCGGCAUGCUGGGCUCUAUGAGUGCUCAGCUACCAAUGUCCUAGGCAGUAUUACAAGCUCCUGUACUGUAGCUGUGGCCCGCAUCCCAGGAAAGCUAGCUCCUCCAGAGGUGCCCCAGACCUACCAUGAUACAGCAUUGGUGCUGUGGAAGCCAGGAGAUAGCCGGGCACCCUGUACAUACACUCUGGAGAGGCGUGUGGAUGGGGAAUCUGUUUGGCACCCUGUGAGCUCAGGCAUCCCUGACUGUUACUACAAUGUGACACACCUGCCUGUCGGUAUGACUGUGAGGUUCCGAGUGGCCUGUUCCAACCGAGCUGGGCAAGGGCCUUUCAGCAACCCUUCCGAGAAGGUCCUAAUCAGGGGUACUCAAGAUUCUUCAGUUUGGCCAACUGCUGCUCCCCAAGACACCUGGGUUACCUCAGGGCCAGCCAGGGCCCCACCUCCUGACUCUCCUACCUCACUGGCCCCCACCCCAGUUCUUACUCCUCCAGUCCGUCAGACAGCCACUCUUAGCCCCUCAACUCCUCCCACAUCCCCCAGUCAGGCCUUGUCUUCACUCAAGGCUGUGGGUCCACCACCCCCAACCCCCCCACGAAAGCACAGGGGCCUGCUAGUCACCCAACAAGCAGAGCCCACCCUGCCCAGUAUCCAGGUCACCCCCAGUGAGCCCAAGUCUUUUGUCCCAGACCCUGGAACCCUGACCCCAACUUCUGCCCCUCAUGGGGUUAAACCAGCGUCUUCCUCGACUUCCCUGUAUAUGGUGACUUCCUUCGUGUCUGCACCUCCAGCCCCUGAACCCCCAGCCCCCGAGCCCCCUCCUGAGCCCACCAAGGUGACUGUACGGAGCCUCAGCCCAGCCAAGGAGGUGGUCAGCUCCACAACACCCGAGAGCACAACCCUUCGGCAGGGUCCCCCCCAGAAACCUUACACCUUCCUAGAGGAGAAGGCCAGGGGCCGCUUUGGUGUUGUGCGAGCAUGCCGAGAGAAUGCCACAGGCCGAACGUUCAUAGCCAAGAUUGUGCCGUAUGCAGCAGAGGGCAAAGGACAAGUUCUGCAGGAAUAUGAGGUGUUGCGGACACUACACCACGAGCGACUCAUGUCCCUACAUGAGGCCUACAUCACACCUCGAUACCUCGUGCUCAUCGCUGAGAGCUGUGGCAACCGGGAACUCCUCUGUGGGCUCAGCGACAGAUUCCGGUAUUCAGAAGAUGAUGUGGCCACCUAUGUGGUGCAGCUACUACAAGGCCUGGACUAUCUUCAUGGCCACCAUGUGCUGCACCUGGACAUCAAGCCAGACAACCUGCUGCUGGCUGCUGACAAUGCCCUUAAGAUCGUGGACUUUGGCAGUGCCCAGCCCUACAACCCCCAGGCCCUGAAGCCCCUUGGCCACCGUACGGGCACGCUGGAGUUCAUGGCUCCUGAGAUGGUGAAGGGAGACCCCAUUGGCUCUGCAACAGACAUCUGGGGAGCUGGUGUGCUCACCUACAUCAUGCUCAGCGGACACUCCCCAUUCUAUGAGCCAGACCCCCAGGAAACAGAGGCUCGGAUUGUGGGGGGUCGCUUUGAUGCCUUCCAGUUGUACCCUAACACCUCCCAGAGUGCCACCCUCUUCUUGCGAAAGGUCCUCUCAGUACAUCCCUGGAGCCGGCCCUCACUGCAGGACUGCCUGGCCCAUCCAUGGCUGCAGGAUGCCUACCUGAUGAAACUGCGCCGCCAGACACUCACCUUCACCACUAACCGGCUCAAGGAGUUCCUGGGAGAGCAGCGGCGACGUAGGGCUGAGGCUGCCACCCGCCACAAGGUGCUGCUCCGCUCCUACCCUGGCAGCCCUUAAGUAGCAUGGACCACAGCCCAGCCUCAGGCUUCAACUUGGGUUCCCAGUGAUGCUGCUGAGGGACGUUCCAGGGCCCACACUGACCUGGGCAGGCCAGGGCUUCGGAUACCACAAGCAGCAACAUCUGGCCAGGCUAUUACCUCAUGGACCUGAGGGGACGAGGCCCCUGGGCCUUCGGCUGGAUAUCACCCCAGCCAGAGCCAGAGCAGGAGACCCAGUGGCUAGGCUGAGAACAGGAAGAGGCAAGAAGAGAGUGGAGAAGUGAAGAAGAAAAACACUGAGGAUAGGGAGGGAGGGACUCAAGGACAGUUCUGGGGUGAGUGUGGGUGUGGUGCAUCUCAGGGAGUACCCAGGAGAGGAAGGAGGAGGAGGAGGAGGAGGAGCAGUAGCAGCAGCAGCAGCAGCCAGGGUAUGGUGACUGAGCUUGGAGUACGAGUACUGGACAUGGAGCUAGAGCCAGGAUGUAAGGGAGGACAGAAAGGUGAAAGGCAGGGAGAGCAGGCUCAGGGGAGGCGCAGCAGGCCAGCAACUGCAUCCCCAGGAGAAAGGAGAAAGGCAAAGAGCUGUGGACCAAUGGCCAUCCAAGCUUGGUCUCUUGUCCCAGCAGAUGCAGCUCUGGGCACUCUACACUGGCCCAAGGACAUCCCCACUGCUCCUCCAUGGCCUUUGCCCUUCUUCCUGUUUGUGUUUAUUUAUUUAUUGACUUUUAUGGCGUUUCCCUUCCAUCUAAUCCCUAUCGCCUAUGUUGUUCUGACUAUCCCCCCAGCCAUCCAGCUGUCUGUGCAGCUGUCUGUCUGUCAUAAGGAAAAUAAAAACAGCAAGCAGCA